AUGAGAUUACGACUCUCACUGUUCUUGGGUGUCGCUCUUUUAUCGUCCCUUAUCAGUGGCGCACCUCCCUUGCCCGAAUGUGAAGGAUGUGAGGGCCCGGAAUGUAUCUGCAGAGGGCAGCCAGGCGAACCGGGCUAUCCUGGCAUCCCAGGGGAACAAGCCGGACGGGGUCCACCGGGUCCGAAAGGUGAACAAGGCGCACCGGGCUUCAUGGGUUUGGCUGGGGAUCCCGGUGCUCCCGGUACCCCCGGUAUCCUGGGGGCCCCGGGACGACCAGGCUGCAACGGUACAGAUGGAUAUCCCGGACCUCCUGGCCUCCCAGGGCCGGACGGUGAGCCUGGUUACCACGGUCAGCCAGGGAGCGAAGGAUUCAAAGGCGAACCCGGCGAUGGUGGGAUCAACUCCAUCGGGAGGCGAGGCGAGAAAGGGACGAGGGGCGCUCCCGGUCCUUCCGGCCAGGAUGGUUUCCCGGGUCGCAUGGGCUCCCCGGGACCCCCGGGAUACCCUGGCAUACCUGGAUCGCCAGGACGGAGAGGGAACACCGGGGAUCCAGGAGUUCCCGGGGUUGGGAUAAGAGGUCCACCGGGUGAACCCGGCAACAAAGGGGACCGCGGUGACCCAGGCCUGCCUGGUCCGAGCGGUCCUGACGGACCUCAAGGUCCCCAAGGGGAGGAGGGGCACGAAGGUCGGCAAGGAUCGAAGGGCUCCCCCGGUGAUUUCGGCCACGACGGUAUGCCCGGUUUUCCCGGGAUGGCUGGCAGUGAAGGUCCCAAAGGUUUGAGAGGACCGAAGGGUCGUAUCGGAUUAAUGGGUCCCCCGGGGAUAUAUAUCCGAGGUGGUUUCUCCAUGAAGGGCCUUCCUGGCCGCCCGGGAGAGCCCGGCGACGAAGGCUUCAUAGGCUUCACCGGUCCGAAAGGCGAACAGGGACCGACAGGCUACAGAGGCGAUACUGGAUACCCUGGCAUACCCGGCUCCAUGGGAUCGGACGGGAAGCCCGGAAGAAGUUCCAAAGGUGAAAUGGGAGAUCCCGGACUGCCAGGCUACCCUGGCGACAUGGGGAAGCCGGGCCUGCUUGGACGGCCUGGAAUUCCGGGUGAGCCUGGGGAGCCCGGUCGAGAUGUCCACGGAAUGCCUGGCUAUCCCGGCUUGGACGGCCUACCCGGAUUACCUGGAUAUCCCGGUCCGCCGGGGCUAGAGGGAGCAAAAGGAGUGAAAGGUCUUCCCGGUAUCGGCGUGAACAAGAUAGGUCCGCCCGGGCCCCCCGGUCUCCCUGGAACACCUGGUCUGCCUGGGGACGAUGGACGCGAGGGCAGACAGGGAAUGAAAGGUCAGCGCGGCGAGAAAGGAGAUGAUUGUCCCUUCUGCCCCGAUGGCGCACCAGGCCUCAUGGGUGUACCUGGCGAGGACGGCUUCGAUGGCAGGAAGGGCUGGCCGGGAGACCCAGGUGACAAAGGUCUGAAGGGUGAGCCCGGAAGCGAUGGUUUCCCUGCUCCCCCGGGACCUCCGGGACCACCGGGUUUUGCGGGUCGUCCCGGACUGGUCGGCUACAAGGGGAGCAAAGGAGAGCCUGGAAUACUCAUUGCUUUGAAUUUCAACGAUAAUGCCGGGGAAAUGGGCGAGCCUGGCAGACCGGGUGCGAAAGGAGUCCCAGGACGAAUCGGAAUGCCCGGUAAACCUGGCACGGAGGGACCCCGAGGUCCCCCGGGGGCUACAGGAAAUCCCGGACCGCCCGGCCCCAUUGGUUAUCGCGGCUUCAAGGGGCACAAGGGCUCUCAAGGACCGGUGGGCGAUGCCGGGCCUGGACUCCCGGGCCAACUUGGGCCUCCUGGUCCUCGAGGACCACCAGGCCGACAGGGCUCCAGAGGACCGAAGGGUGAGAAAGGAGGGACGCCACCUUCCCAAGGAUACACAGCGCCCGAUGAGUUCAUGGGAGACAAAGGGGCAACGGGCCCCCCGGGAGAUCCUGGCUCGCCCGGUUUGACGGGACCGAUAGGCGACGACGGCGAUGAUGGGCGAAGAGGACGAGAUGGUUCGAAAGGUCAGCCUGGGCCUCCAGGGCUUUCUCCUGCUGGUGAACCGGGUUUCGUGGGACCCCCGGGCUCACCGGGAUGGCCUGGAUACCCCGGCCUCAUCGGCGAAGUCGGUCUCAAAGGAGAAGAGGGAUCGAUUGGACGGCAGGGCCCGCCUGGACCCAAGGGCAAUCCGGGUUUCACCCCAGGCACGGGGGUGACGGGCGACCCGGGAAAGCCCGGUAUGGUCGGUUUCCCCGGCGAGCCCGGUGCCGACGGCUUGGUAGGUUUCCGGGGCCUCGAAGGCUUGCCGGGCGGCAUCGGCCCCAAAGGCGACACCGGUCCACAGGGGUACCGCGGACUGCCGGGGCCUCGGGGAUUUCCGGGAGAUGCAGGAAUCGGCACCAAAGGCGAACCCGGUGACCCUGGGUACGACGGACGGAAAGGCGAGCGGGGACAAGCCGGUCUUGAUGGACCACCGGGUCUCCCGGGCGCGAAGGGUCAAAUGGGAGGCGUUGGAUGGCCCGGCUCCCCCGGCCCUCCUGGUCUGAGGGGACCUCCUGGCUACCCUGGACCACCGGGACAGAGCGGUAUCGACGGCGAAGACGGACUCCCCGGUGCCGCCGGGCCUGAGGGCGAACCUGGAGCUAUUGGUCCGCCUGGCGUCCGCGGUCCGGUGGGCGGGACUGGAAUUGUCGGGGAUCAGGGAGAGCCCGGUUACCCCGGUGAAAGGGGAGACGACGGCUCCGUGGGCUUCAAGGGGGAGCCUGGAGACGACGGGUUCCCGGGCUACGACGGUCUGCCCGGCCUCAUUGGGCCAAAGGGAGUUCCAGGGCCGAAAGGGCAGCAAGGCGAGAUCGGAGAACGACUGAACAGCGCGCCCGGCGCUUCAGGUCCCCCGGGACCACCGGGUCUCGGAGGCCUCCCCGGCAGAAGUGGGGAUCCGGGCAUGGAUGGUUUUCCGGGCCUCCCGGGGCUCGCUGGCUACAAAGGAGAGCAAGGAGACAGAGGAUUGAAAGGAUUCAGAGGAUAUCAGGGUCGCGCUGGGUCCCCAGGGCGUAUGGGGCCCGAAGGUGAAAGCGGAGCUAAAGGAGAAGUAGGAGAAAUUGGUCGUCCUGGUCUUCCCGGUCUACCUGGAACCCCCGGAACGUAUGGUCCCCGCGGCUUCCCAGGCCCGAAAGGAGCACGAGGACCCAGCGGUUUCGACGGUUUGCCUGGAGGUCCAGGUCCGGUAGGAUUCAGGGGGCCCGAAGGACUCCCUGGACUACCUGGUUACGAGGGAUUGCCUGGUUUACCGGGCUUACCAGGUCGGAAGGGUGAUCCGGGAGACGACGGUCCGCAAGGCUCCGAAGGAGCUCCAGGCCUGCCAGGAUUGCCCGGGGCUAAAGGAUAUGCAGGCCUUGCCGGUGCUCGAGGACGGAACGGUGCUCCGGGCAGACCGGGUCCGGAUGGUUCCGUUCAAGGAGAAAUCGAGAAAGGCUUCAAAGGGGACGCGGGAUACCCUGGGGAAGUUGGGCUGGAUGGUCUUCCAGGUUUCAAGGGAAUGCCGGGCGAAGCAGGACGCGACGGAGCCUAUGGUCUCCCAGGAGAUCCAGGGUACGGUCUCGGUCCCCCAGGACGGCCAGGAAUGUCAGGGUUCAAGGGCCGGAAAGGCCCACCCGGUAGACCGGGUGAAUAUGGGGACUCCGGCAGACCAGGUCCUAAGGGUUUCCCCGGAGACUCUAUUCCCGGCCCGCCAGGGAGAACUUUCCACGGAAUUCCAGGGGACGAUGGACCCAGAGGCGAAGACGGCGUCAAAGGAUCGCGAGGCCUCAUCGGAGAUCCUGGGUUCCUUGGACCUCCGGGAAUCGACGCUUUCGAUGGACCGAAGGGCUACAAAGGGGAUCGCGGUUUACCCGGAACACCAGGAGUGGGUGGACUGAUUGGUCCGCCGGGUCCGCCGGGAGAGUUGAUAUUCGUGAAAAUCACACCUGGAGAGAAAGGGCAAGAAGGUCUCCGUGGUCCCGAUGGGGAGCCCGGAUACCCCGGGAUGCCCGGGUACCCUGGACUGCCAGGCAUGAAGGGAGACCCCGGCGAGUCUGGAGAAGAUGGAGUUGACGGCCCGGCAGGUCCCGAUGGGCCUCCAGGCUAUCCCGGGCCCUCGGGUCCGCGCGGAUAUCCCGGACAGCCUGGGAUCAUGGGUGAACAAGGCCCUCCAGGAGAACGGGUCGGAGAUGGCGUCCUGCGUCGACGUCGGCAUUCGCUCUUCACUGUCCACAGCCAGAGCGUUCGGGUCCCUGAGUGUCCCGAAGGCACUUCGAGACUGUGGGACGGAUUUUCGUUCCUGUACAUGAUGGCGGAUCUGAAAGCUCACGGCCAGGACCUGGGCGAACCGGGAUCAUGUCUGAGGACGUUCAGCACUCUACCCUACCUGUUCUGUGAGCAGCCCCAGAACGCGGACGGCACCUGCCGAUACGCUUCUCGGAACGAUUAUUCCUAUUGGUUGAAUACGAACGCAUCGCACGGAACGGGUCCGAUUCGUAACGGAGAAAUCGAGCGCUUCAUCUCGCGUUGUUCUGUAUGCGAGACCGACAGACCGAUCAUAGCGGUGCAUAGCCAAUCCCAGGAUACCCCAGACUGUCCGAGAGACUGGGAAACCAUGUGGGUCGGAUACAGUUUCCUCAUGGCAACCGAUGCAGCUUCUCAAGGAGUGAAUCAGCCCCUGUCAAGUCCUGGAUCUUGCUUGCAAGAGUUCCGGCCGACGCCUUUCAUUGAAUGCAGGGGAACAGGUGCCUGUGAUUAUUUCGCUUCUAGGCUCGGCUUUUGGUUGACACCGAUUGACUACGAUCGACAAUUCGAAGUGCCAGAGAGGAUCAGGAGUCGACCUGGAGAAAUAGUGAGCAUGUCAUCCCGCUGUUCAGUCUGCAAGAGGACAGAUGACGGGCACCGAAGGCGCGUCUUGAUCCAGGCGUCCAACUUCACGCUUCUCGAGCCACCGGGGGAUGGCCACGUCUACAUAGCGGAUGGAACCGAACCGAGAACGCAAAUCAUCACCUACGUGCAUUCUGGGCGCGAGAUUGGAGUCGACACGAGUCCGGAUAGUUUUUUGCUCCAAAACGGAAACGGAGAGACCGAAGUGACGGUGUUGGUUGAGCCGGUCGACAACGCAGCCCCGGUCAUAAAAAUCACCGAUGCAACAGUCGUUCUCGAAGGCGAAAGCUCGCGAGUGAACUGGGAAGUGAGCGACGUGGAUUCCAAAGUAUUCUGGUGCCACAUUCCCGAGCAGCCAAUUUUCGGUCGUCUGACGAUCCGCGCGCAAAAAUUCACCGAGUUCAACAAUUCUGAGACUGACAAUGUCGUGUACGAACAGCUGAAACACGCCCAUGUGGAGCCAUCGGAAGAUUUUUUCAAAAUUCGAUGUUCCGAUGGAGUAAAUCUGUCGCCUCUGGAACAGAUACGGAUCGCGAUAAAGGGCCAGAAUGACGAAGCCCCGCAUCUCGCAGUGAACGAAGUCACCGUCCUCGAGGGCAGGGAAGCUCCGGUGAAAAUACAUUUUUCGGAUCAAGAUAUUCCGCGGGGUGAGCUUCGUUUCUACGUGAGCGAACCACCGCGGCACGGGUUGAUCGCGAUCCUCUCGGCAGACGGGCACAAUGAAGCCGUCGUUGAAUUUUCGGAGGAAAAUGUAAAUCGCGUGAUGUACGUUCACGACGACUCGGAAAAUCUCAACGACUCGUUCGAGCUGACUGUUUCCGAUGGAAGGUAUUCAACGAAACAGCUCGUCAAUGUCAAAGUUUUAGCUGUUGACGAUGAGCCGCCUAAACUGGUUGUUAACAGAGGGAUCCGUGUCGAAGUUGGAACAUCGGCUGUUAUCGACGCUCGACACCUCCAAGUGGACGACAUCGAUAGUACUUCGGAUGCAAUCUCCUUCAAAAUUGUCGAGGGGCCCCGGAACGGGAUCCUCGUUCACGAGCAAGCCAAGGAUAAAAACCAGUCGAUUGCUUCGUUCGAGCUCGAGGAUGUCAAGCUUCAAAACGUAGUUUAUGCGCACAGAUCGAAGAUAUGCUGUCAGAGCGACAGAUUCACAUUCCGUAUCAGCGAUGGUUUUAACGAAACACCCCUCUAUGAGUUCAGCAUCACCGUGCAUCUCCCCAACGACUCUGUCCCUCCAGUCAGCAGAAUCCACCCAAUACGCCUUGAGCGCUUCAGUGAACAGUUGUUCAACAUUUCUCGCGUCGAGUGGCUUGCGGUGACACAACCGCCUUCGAAUGGAAAUCUCACUUUCGAAAACGAUGCGUUGGGUUUCACGACAAAUGCAGCCUUGACUUCUGGAUCCAUCGAAGAUACAGUCGCGCUCAUUCUCAAGAACGGGUCGAGUCUGGAAGCAGCUACUUUCAGCAUCCGAUGGUGUGUCUUAUCGCUCACGGUGGAUUCGCCGGAAAUCAUCUCCGGGAGGAAAAUCGUUAUCGAUCUGAGACGAGACGGUCUCGAUUCUGAUGUUGACGGCGUCGUGAGCAGCCAUGUCGGAGAGUUUCCCUUCGUGAUCCCUUCGGGAAUAAGCCACAAAUCAUUGCCUAUCUCCGUUCCGGGAGACUUCAACGGAGAAUUCGCUCUGGAGCUAACGAAAGUCCAAGGCUGCUUCAUUGAUAUUUCGCACAAGAAAUUUCAAACCAUUGUCCUAUCUCCAAUGAGCUAUUUGCAUUUCGAGCGGUCGGAAUACACUGUUGAACAGCCCGGGGAGGAUAAGCUCCGUGAGACAUUAUUCGUGCGGAUCCUGCGGAGUAACUCAGCCCACCGCUCGGACAUCGGUUUCCGUGUGGCUACUGUGGGCGGAACGGCUAGGGAGCACGAGGAUUUCACUCCCUCGGACGAAGUUCUGACUCUCAAGAAUGAAGACGACGGUCUGACCAUCCCGAUUGAGAUUCUCGGCAAGACCCAUGUCGAGAUCGCGAGAUUCUUCACCAUCGUUCUCGAACCGUUGGAGCACGGACUGAGAUUCAAGUCUUCGAAGACCGUCGUCCGUAUCAGCGACUCUAGAGCCUUACCGUCGUUCACGGAACAUCCGGUGAUCCUCGCUCUGGAUCCCAGGACUCGGAACCCUUUGGCACACACACGAUUGCUUCCGAAGGGUGCAACUCUCUACUGUGCGAGCGAAUGCGAUGAUCUUAGUCUGCGUCACACAAGAUUUUGUUUGGGACUCAACUCUUCCCUGCAGACACAUUAUCAAUGGAAAACCUCUACCGAUACGGGGCUGGUGUCGAUUAAAAGUCGCAGUUUCUUACUGAAAACAAACCAGAAAGUGCUGCCGAGCUCUCUUUAUCUUUCGCCCGGCUCUACCGUUGUCUGUUCGGUGAGAAUCGCCACUUCCGACAGUGAGGGUGCGGAAAUUAUGAGCGGCGCUUAUUUGAUAAGCAACGAGGAAUCGUCGCCGGCAUGUACGAGCAGAGUUGGCUCAACACCAUUCUCGAGUAAACUCCGCGUCAUCAUGUCUCCGAAUUCGUCUACUGAACUCCUCUACUCUCUUUCCGUGAUCCUCCCGCAUCAUGAUGGGUCUUUCCCAUUCUGGUCGACGAAGCCAAUCCUCGUCGCUGACACCGAAAAGCGAUUUUUCGCGUCGAAGCACAAGUGCUCGAAUUUGUUGCAGAACAACAGCGAGCCCGCCCCCGAGCCCAACGUCACCUCAUGCACGUGGAAUUACCAGCUCACGUACUCACUGUCUGAAUUGCUGAGUUGUGGGGCUCGACUCGACGAGAGCGUCGAUGAAGACGUUUCAUCGGUCAACCUUUUGCUCCCCAUCCAUGUCAUGUACAUCGUUCAUCAAUCCUCCAAGAAAUGGCAUCAUGUAUCGCUUUCGAGCGAGCUACGAGUCUCGUUUGUUUAUAAGACCCGCGUCGUUGGAAGUCGUCGCUUGGAGUCGCGGGAUCCUCCGAAUCUAUCAGCUAUUCUACAGAUUACGCGCGCUUCUCUUGAUAAGGACGGCUCAUUGCUCGUGGUUUUCGAGACAGAGACCAACUUCGACGGAAUUUUGGCCGCAGACCCAAAAAAUUUCAAUGAGUCCAUCAUUGACGUUCGCCAUUACAACUCCACUGGGAGCUUAUUCAUGCUGAAGAACGACGGGACCAUCUCGCCCCGGAGAACGCGAUGGAAUCUCACUUCCCUGGUCACGCACACUCAUUUUGCAACUAAUGUCACGCUGUCGCUCUUGCCAUGUGUCGGCGAAGUUCCGAAGUGUCAACUCAUGCCCGACAAGCCAAUCACAUUGAUUUUGCCUGUAUACAUCCAGUCCGGCUCGACCGCGACCAGAAUCUAUCCCCUUGAAUCAGAGCUUCUUCUGACGAAAAAACAGUUUUGGAUGGAAGAUAUACCUGAUAUGGAGAAUAAUACAAUCCAAGAAGGAGAAGCCGUCUAUGGAUUCGUACGGGUUUUCAACCUGGAUAUUCAGGACCAGGCGUUGAUAACGCGUAUACAAAAGUGUUAUGUUUGUCGUGACGCACAUGAGACCAUCCACAACCGGAUCAGCCGAUGUCCAUACAAAGUGAUUGAUGCUGAGACUUCAAGCCCUCCGCACGACGAGUUCCGUGGACUGCUAGCGUCCAGAAAUUCCGGAGCUUUCACGGGAGAGGAACUACAAACCCUUGAUAAACGAAACGCGGAUGCUUUUGUUUUCGACAGUGCUCCGCUAUUCGCACGCGAGAACGAGGGAGUUCAGUGGCGGGUUCACUGCGUGUUCGUGGUGGACUUGGGUGCUGCUCGGUAA